AUGCCUCCGACAGCUCUCGACAUGGCCCCCGGCAAGGAUCCCAGAAUCACGCGAGUGGAUUAUGAAGAUUGGGAUUAUGAAGAUGGGGAUUAUAAAGAUGGGGAUUAUAAAGAUGGGGAUUAUAAAGAUGAGGAUUGUGAAGAUGGGGAUUGCGAAGAUGGGGAUUAUGAAGAUGGGGAUUAUAAAGAUGGGGAUUAUGAAGAUGAGGAUUGUGAAGAUGGGGAUUGCAAAGAUGGGGAUUAUAAAGAUGGGGAUUAUGAAGAUGGGGAUUGCGAAGAUGGGGAUUAUGAAGAUGGGGAUUAUAAAGAUGAGGAUUGUGAAGAUGGGGAUUGCGAAGAUGGGGAUUAUGAAGAUGAGGAUUGUGAAGAUGGGGAUUGCGAAGAUGGGGAUUAUGAAGAUGGGGAUUAUAAAGAUGGGGAUUAUGAAGAUGGGGAUUGCGAAGAUGGGGAUUAUGAAGAUGAGGAUUGUGAAGAUGGGGAUUGCGAAGAUGGGGAUUAUGAAGAUGGGGAUGAUAAAGAUGGGGAUUAUGAAGAUGAGGAUUGUGAAGAUGGGGAUUGCGAAGAUGGGGAUUAUGAAGAUGAGGAUUGUGAAGAUGGGGAUUGCGAAGAUGGGGAUUAUGAAGAUGGGGAUUGCGAAGAUGGGGAUUAUGAAGAUGAGGAUUGUGAAGAUGGGGAUUGCGAAGAUGGGGAUUAUGAAGAUGGGGAUUAUAAAGAUGGGGAUUAUGAAGAUGAGGAUUGUGAAGAUGGGGAUUGCGAAGAUGGGGAUUAUGAAGAUGAGGAUUGUGAAGAUUAG